GGAAGGGAAGGCAAAUAUGGAGAAGGCAAAGAAGUGUCUGGAGGUGAGCGAGGAAGAGUCACGGUGUGUGUCUCGACUCCCCGUUCCAUCUCACCCAGUCGGCUCCGGGUUGAGCUUCUACGAGGAUUUCGCUCUCAAAGGCAUCCGAGUCGACCGAGUCGAACCCGGUCUCGUCGUCUGUACCUUCAAGGUCCCUCCCCGCCUCACCGAUAGAAGUGGGAAGUUGGCAAAUGGUGCAAUUGCAAAUCUUGUUGAUGAAGUUGGUGGUGCUGUAGUUCAUGUUGAGGGUUUACCUAUGAGUGUUUCAGUGGACAUGUCCAUUUCUGUUAUGUCCACUGCCAAGCUUAAUGAUGAUUUAGAGAUCAGCUCAAAGGUGUUGGGAAAAAGAGGAGGUUAUUCUGGAACAUUAGUGCUUAUGAGAAAUAAAGCAACUGGGGAGGUUAUUGCUGAAGGUCGGCAUUCCUUGUUCGGUAGACAUCCUAGCAAACUCUAAGUCCUUUUCACUUUGACUUGUAAAUAUAAAGUUAUAAACUAUAUCUAGAGAGAACUCCUGGAUGAAUAGGUUGAAUCUCAUCUCAUUGUAGUAUUUUUCUUUUCUUUGAUGAAAUAAAGUUUCAGAAUCUUUGGCAAUAAAA